UUUAAUUUAUGGUUUUGUCGCUCUUCCUUGGUUCAAAACUUUGGCCGGCGUCGAGAGAGAGAGAGAGAGAGAGAGAGGAACCGUGGGCGGCGCCCCAGUUACGGCGAGGAGACGGAUGUUGCAUGUCGCUUGCGGCAGACGACUUCUCUCUUUCAUCAUGACCACCAAAACCCAGCACCUCCAUCGGAUAGCCACGAUUCAGGGGUUCGGCAAGAAGCCGAGGACACUGACGACUGACGAUUCGCCCAUCAGAGUGGAGUUUGCUCAACACGUCGAUUAUCUCAACCAUCUGAAUGACAAGAGGGAAAGAGUUGUCAAGGCUAGCCGUGAUGUGACGAUGAACAGUAAGAAGGUCAUAUUCCAGGUGCACAGGUGCGAGAUAUAAUGAGCAAAGAAAAUAGAGAGGAAACUUUGGCAAAGGCGGAAAAUGAUCUUGCUGCUGUGACAAAUCAGUACAUGUCAAAACUAGUAAAGGAGUUGCAUGGAACUGAUUUUUGGAAGCUUAGACGAUCAUAUACAUUUGCUGUCCAGGAGUAUGUUGAAGCUGCGACACUUUUUAGGUUUUGCAAGUCAGGAACUCUGCUAAAUCUUGCUGAGAUCAAUGCUUCUCUGCUUCCUCUUACCGAGGAGUCUAUUGAACCAUUACAAAUAAAUGUUCUAGACUAUCUUUUGGGGCUUGCAGAUUUAACUGGAGAGCUUAUGAGACUAGCCAUUGGCCGUAUCUCAGAUGGAGAAAUUGAAUAUGCUGAGAAGAUCUGUCAAUUUGUACGCGACAUAUACAGGGAGUUAACCCUUCUUGUUCCUAUUAUGGAUGAUAACUUUGAGAUGAAAAAGAAAAUGGAAACGAUGCUCCAAAGCCUAGUGAAGAUUGAAAAUGCUUGCUUCAGCGUUCAUGUCAGAGGAUCAGAGUAUAUUCCCUUGCUUGGUUCUGCAGAUCCAGAUUACUCAUUCUUAGGCUUAGCAGAUACAGAAUGAUGAAUAACUAUCAGACUGAUGGAUAGUCGGAAGCUGGACAUGGAAAUUGCACCAAAAGAAGAGGAGAAAUUAUGGUUCAACGAACAUUUAAUCGUACUAGGUAGACUUGUCAUUGACAAUUUACUCUACCAAAUGAUAAGAAAAUCAAGAACUCCAGCAAUGUUUGUCGUCUCACAAUAGUGGCUAAUAAGGCGUUUUAUUGGUCUAUCAAAAUAUUUGGCAAUUGAUUUAUCAAAAUCCUUGUAUGUUAUUUACA